CACACACACCUCUGGAUGGCAGAGGCGGGAAUCCUUCGUCGCAAGAAGGAGCUGCCGCAUUAUCUAGGUAUGUUGUGCUUCCACCUGAGUGUCGCCUGAGGCUGACCUGGCAAAGCCUACAAUACCUUCCCUUGGACCAGAUUGCGAUUUGGUUUCCCAAGCUUGAUCCUAAGAACCCCAAAGCGAAACCCAGGCGCCGUACUGAUAGAGAUCUUGCGCUGCUGCUUCAGCUUGGCUUGGCAAGCUUAACACUAAGCAUCAAUAUGGCUGUCACAAUCUACGGACCCAUCAAAUAUGGUGCAUCACGUGGGUUUGGCGAGAUCUACACCGGAGACUGCUCCACGGCCGCAAAUCUCAACUCUGGGUUGCACUUUGCCAUCAACAUUCUUUCCACACUCUUGCUCGGUGCGAGCAACUACUGCGCCCAGAUCCUGUCUGCUCCGACUCGCAAAGAGGUGAUGGACGCACAUAAGAAAGGAGACUGGCUAGACAUUGGUGUUCCAAGCUUCAGAAAUCUUUGGGGCAAAAGGAUAGCCCGAAGAAGGAAGCUUGCUUGGUUCAUCUUACUCUCAAGCUCUGCGCUACUGCACCUGACAUGGAACUCGGCUGUCUUCUUGACGAGCCCACGGAACCAGUAUCAUGUUGCGAUAGUCACAAGCGACUAUGCCGCAGAUCCAGUCCCUUGGCCGACCAAUACCGAUCAAAUCAAGGAUCUAUACGAAAGUAUCCAUACUCCAGAUCUUACUAAUCUUACCCGGAAGACUCCGAAGGAAUGCGUCGACACAUACAUGGAUCUGUCUUCCGCGCUCGGGGAUGUAGUCGUUGUUGCAAAGAACGUUACCAUGCGCGAUGGGCUCGCGAUGCUGAACAACGAUACCACCUCAUAUAGCAAGAACAGUUCGUUGCUCGAUGCGUUUUGGAACUCGGGUGUUCAAAAGACGAACGGCAUUGGAUGGAUCUAUGGGCACUUUUGGAUGUGCUCGGCAAUCCUCGCACCAGGAGAUGGAUGGUGCGGCACAGACACCGUUGCGAAGGAGGGAGCAUGGACACUUGACAUCGGCCGGAACACUGAAGAGUCCGUGUUUGUAGAAGUCGACCACUGCCUGAGCGCUGGCUCCGAGCCCUGGACCAACCAAUGUACCGUGCGAUACAGCCUUGGCAUUCUCAUUAUUACCUGUGGUCUCAACAUCAUCAAGGCCUUAUGUAUUGCGUAUACUUGGAUCUUGUUCCACAGAGGCAACAAAGGAAGUGAUCAAAUGGCGCCGUCCGAGUGGGAAGAGAGCAAGUCGUUAGUUACUAUUGGAGAUGCACUUGCAACAUUUCUGAAACACCCCGACGAGACAACCGCAGGCAUGCCGCUUGCCGCCAAGGAAGACUUCAAUAAGAAGGACUGGGAGACAGUCAAAGACGACGCUCUAGUAACGAUUCGGUAUAACAGACUUCUGGAGUGCCGCCGGUGGUUCGUAGCAGCGUCUGUCAAGCGGUGGCUGCUUACCGUGGCUGCCGUCAUCGCCACCCUGAUCGUCGUCGCCGUGCUCCUUUCGCUCGGCUUCGCAAUCCAGAAAGUGUACAACAUACCCCUGGACUUCGUCUCGCUGUGGAAGGCUGGCCUGGGCACAGCACAGCCGUACGCCACGACGAUGACAACGCUUCUCCAUCAGGCGUUCCCGGUGUACCUGCAGUUCUGGGUUGCCGUGCUCAUUGCCAAUUUCCCACAGCUGCUUCUCUCGGCGCUGUACCUUCUUCUCAAUGGACUCGUGGCAACGAUGAUUAUCUCGAACGAGUGGAACCGGUUCGCGCGCGAGCGCAAGACACUACGCCUAUCAUCUCCACAUGGAAUCCAAAGGUCGAGCUAUUUCCUUGCGUUACCCUACCGCUUCAGCAUUCCGCUGCUGGUUGGCGGCGGCAUCCUACACUGGCUCAUUUCGCAAAGUCUCUUCGUCGUCGACAUUCGAGGCUUCGCUUACGCCGGGACGCUGGCAGCGGAGCCCUACGUCACCGACUCGGCUUAUGAUUCUACCGUUAUCGGCUACUCACUUAUCGGCAUUAUCUGCACCAUGUUCGUAGCAGGUGUGGUUCUAAUCUGCACUGUCGCUAUGGGAUCAUUCCGGUUCACGGGCGCGACCAUGACUAUGUCCGACGGCACGAAGGCAGAGAUACAAAUGCCCUUGGCUUCGACCUGCAGUGCUGCUAUCAGCGCCGCUUGUCAUCGUCCGCUUGAGGACGAGGCGGCGCAUCUCUGGCCCGUGAUGUGGGGCCGCGUGCCGGGGACGGAUCGGUGGUGCUUCUCUUCUGCCAGAGAGGUGUUACUGACUCCGCCGGAAGAAGACGAGAUUGUGAAGCGUGAUCAGCAAGUUGUGAUGGGCAAGGGCGCUUGAGUGACCGGACAAUGUUGGAAUAUGAUACCCAACUUCGCUUUAGUCAAGCAGCAACGUAAUGAGGAUAAUGGUUGUGUGUUCCAGUGGGUUGUGGCUAACAUGGCUAGAAUAGACGAGCUUCUGACCAGAUGGAUGUAUAGACAUCUGCUAAUGUGCCACAUCUGCAUGUCACGAUCGCUGGUUGAACCAUUGGUCGGCCAACACUCAAGGAAGCAAGACAGCGAACAAUAUGAGCCAUGGUCAUGCUGACAACAAGUAUGUACAGUUUACUGGGUAACUUCGCCACCGUACCUAUGCUUCCCUCUGCGUUAGUGGCUGCUUAUUUGCAAUUCUGUCCUCUAGCAUUGACAUGUAAAGCAAGAUGGAAGCAGAGAGUGGUUCGUACGAUACGCUUCUUAAC